GAAAAGGUUCGGAAUGUUACCGUUAGUAUGCAACAAAAGUAAAACUUAAAUGAUACUUGAUGCAUUUAAGCCCAGAUCGAGGGAGAAAAAAAGAAGCUGCGCAUUUAAAUGGCUCCAAAUUAGAAAGAACUUUUAUAACCAACUAGCUUCGUUGCCCGGCCCGUCGGCCGGGUAGAUUUUUUUACCAUUUAUAUUGAUUUGUAUAUUUGUACAAUCUUUAAAAUUAUUUUGGAUUUGAGAAAAAUAGUUCUCCAUGUGGACUUUUUGAGUUUUGAGUCAUACAUUAUUUUUUUCUUAGACAUUUUUAUGUUUCUUUCUAAUACAUGAAUUUUUCUAUAGUUAUUUUUAUGGGUUGGUCACGGGUCGGUUAGAAAAAUACUUCUUUAACAAAAAUUAUAGGACUCUUAAAGUAUGCGUCACAGUACAAAACUUCGAUUACGAAACUUACAAAAUUCGUAUUUUGCCAUCCUUGAUACAAAUCAUACCACCUCUAAUACGAUCAUAUCAGAGGUUUUACGACCCAAGAAUUGUAGGAUUUGUAGAAUAUAGUUUUGUAUUUUAUAACUUUUUUAAUAUAAUAAUUAAACAAACUCUUUUAGUAGUUAAAAUAUUUUUCAUCGUUGAUUGAUGAUUUAUUGAAAACUACCACAAAUUGAUAUGCAAAAUACCAUCAUGUGAAAGAGAUAAUGAUAUAUGCAUGUAAGAUAUUGUGGCCCUAAAAUAAUUUAAAUAAAAAAAUUAGAUUUGAUCAAUGUAAUUAUCAAAUGAAACUCACCCGAUAGUAUUUCCCUUUGGGUAUUCUAACAAUGGAAGACGGGAGGGAAAAUUAGAAAAGAGCCAAAACUCAAGAGACACAAAUUGACUGAAGAUGUUGGCCAGAAUUAAACAAAUUUUCAACCUGCGAACAAAACUAAAAGUUAUUAGAAGGAAGAUGGAAACAGAGAGUGCAGUUCAAACAUGGGAAAGGAGACGGUGAAUGGAGGACUUCGCUUGAGAAGAAUUGGGACUGGUGGCGAAGGCGAAUCGGUGGCGCAACUCCUCCAAGCGAUACCCCGCUGUACAUGGUUGAGAAAGACAUAUUGAUGUGGGAAUCGGGGCAGCAGGCGGUUGUCGCCCUUCAUCAGGGGAUAUCAAUUCAAAACUUAACUAUAGCAAUAGCCAAUGCGGAUCGAACGAAGUUUGAAGAGUUGGAAACGUCACCAGAGAGCCCUUUCUAUGGAAGUUAGGAUGAUGUGGCGGCCGCCGACGGGGAGAAUUUCCAUUGGAUAAAGCGCCUUUGAGAUUGUGAGCGAUUGAGACUUUGGAGAUUGAUGAAGUUGUUUAAUAAUUGGACGGGUAAAGAAAACAGUGGAUAUAAAAGAGAAGGGGCGGGUGCGGAAACCGAAGGAAGGUGGCUGACGUGGACAACCUCUCCUUUCAGUUGGGAGUACGUGGCAUGGGGCCAAAACUGAAAAUGCUUUAAUAUUUUUUAAGAAACGUCGAGUUCUUCCUCUGAAAUCAACUCUCGCGCUUUCAAUCUCACAUCCAUGGCGCUUUCUUCUUUUCGCGAUGCCUGCCCUACUGUGAAGAACAUUCUCUUACUGGAUUCGGAAGGGAAGCGUGUGGCUGUCAAGUACUAUUCAGAUGACUGGCCGACGAAUAACUCCAAGCUAGCCUUUGAGAAAGCUCUGUUUACCAAAACAAUGAAGACUAAUGCCCGGACAGAAGCGGAGAUUACCAUGUUUGACAACUACAUCAUCGUCUACAAGUUCAUUCAGGAUCUCCACUUCUUUGUCACUGGAGGGGAUGAUGAAAAUGAACUUAUAUUGUCUGCAGUGCUCCAAGGUUUCUUUGAUUCUGUUGCUCUUCUCCUGAGGAACAACGUUGACAAGAGAGAGGCACUUGAGAACUUGGAUCUCAUCUUCUUAUGCCUUGACGAGAUUGUUGAAAGAGGGAUGAUAUUGGAGACUGAUGCCAAUGUCAUUGCCGGAAAGGUGGCGGUCAAUAGCAUGGAUCCUGCUGCACCAUUGUCUGAGCAGACGAUCUCUCAAGCAUUGGCUACAGCUCGGGAGCAUUUAACGCGAACCCUCUUCCAGUGAGGAGAAUCAACAAGCGACGGCGUGAUAGCAAAGAUCUGUUCCAUUCUGCUGCAUUGUUAUUACCGACCAGCAUGGUUGCAGCCUUGCAGGAACUAAGAACAGGACUUUUAAGAAUAGAGAGAGAGUGACAGUUUUCAUUUAACAUUGUAGCUCUGCCUUCCACCGCAUUUGUAUUAUGUUUUUUUGUUCGCGAGGGGUCGUGGUCCUACCGUCAGCCGCCUUCUUUCCCGCCGGUGAAGGUAUGUGUAGCAUUAGCGCCAGUCACGGGCCAGGCCGAGGGAGUGGGGCCCAGGCCCAGCCCACUUGUCAUGCGGCCCAUACACAUACACGUAGCUUGUACCGACAAGGAAAAGGGGGGAAAAAUAUAUAACCCUAAUCAUUCUUAAUUUAUUGGACAGAACGGCGAUUAUAAAAAAAAGACAGAACGGCGAGCUUGGAGGGAAGCGAACAAGCAACAAACCGUGGAGGGAGAAAGAGGAGAAGCGACAAAAGGAAUUCCAUUGUUCGUCGUUCGAUAAUCCAGUAUUCUUUUCCUUUUUGUUACUAAUUCAUUAUAGAUAUAUAUUCAUGUGUUUUAUUUUUAUUAUGAACUAAACUUCAAUGGAGAGAAACACUAUUAGAAUGCAGUUAUUUUUAGAUAUGAUGAUUUCUUCAAAUCUUUAUUGCCCUGAAAUUUACUCUUAAUGCUUUGUAUUGCUUGGCUAACAAUACAAUGAUUCGUAGUUAAAUAGGUCAUUAACGAAAGUGAAUCCCUAAUAACUGAAUAUAUUCCAUCGAGCGUAGUAACUUAUCGAAGCGAUAGUGAAUUAAUUAAGCGAGCGAUGUUAU